UCCCACGGCCUCCUUCUACUAGCGUGCAGAGUGACGUCACGCAGUCAUGUGACCGGACUCAGUACUCAACAUGGCUGCGCCCAGCAGGAGAGGGAGAUCACUGUUUUUGUUAGACGUGUUUCUUCGUUAUGUCCCGGCAGCGUGUCAGCGGAAUGGUGCUCAGUACAGGGCAUGCUAUAAGGACACACUGAGGAUCGCAUUUUUUGUGCAUUGCUGGCUUUAUGUUAGCGCCAGGAACUCACUGCUAGAUGACUUGCUGUUGCCUUAUAACGUCUUUUCUAAGCAUGGUCCAACCCGCAGCCAUCGUGAGACCAGAGACUGUCUUCCUGUUGCUAGCGGUAAUACCACACAUGAAACGUGGCCUAGUAAUAAUUACACAGCACUUCCAGUGGCCACCCUCAGAACAUAUGAAUCAAUCUUUCCUGAUAAAGAUAAUCUAAAAAAGACUGUUUAUGGUCACUUUACUUUUAUAAAUAAUCCCUUGAGGACUGUGUCUGUGCUGGAGCCUGGUGGACUGGGGAGUUGUAGCAGAAACUUUACUGCAACCGUCGGAAAAACUGUAAAAUAUGGGAAGUGCAUUGUGGCCCAGAACGGAGGAUUUUUUAAUACUACUACUAAUGAAUGUCUUGGGAACGUUGUGAGUAAUGGGAAAUUGGUGCAGAACUCGAAAGGCAUCCAAAAUGCUCAAUUUGGCAUCAGGGCAGAUGGUUCCAUGGUUUUUGGGUACUUGUCAGAAGAGGAGGUCCUGGAUACAGAAAACCCCUUUGUGCAGCUAGUGAGUGGAGUGGUGUGGCUGCUGCGGAAUGGGGAGGUUUAUAUUGAGCAGAGCAAGAGUGUAGAAUGUGACAAAAGCCAGGAUACAGGUUCUUUUGAUUAUUUUAUUAAUGUGAUCUCGGCUAGGACAGCUGUGGGACAUGAUAAAGAAGGCAGACUUGUUCUGUUCCAUGUAGAUGGCCAGACUAACGAUAGAGGCCUGAACUUGUGGGAUGUGGCAAAUUUCUUAAAGGAACAAGGAGUUUAUAAUGCCAUAAACCUGGAUGGUGGAGGAUCUGCUACUCUUAUUGUUAAUGGAACCCUUGCCAACUAUCCGUCUGAUCACUGUGUGUCUGAGCCAAUGUGGCGCUGCCCAAGGAGCGUGUCUACUGUUGUCUGUGUCCAUGAACCCUUCUGUGAUCCCUCUGACUGUGGAGGCCAUGGGCAGUGUGUUUCUGGAGAGUGUCAUUGUACCGGCUACUGGACAGGGAGCUCCUGUGACGUCCUCCGCUGUGGACCUUCAAACUGCAGUGCUCAUGGGAACUGCACAGAGGGUGGAUGUCUAUGUAAUCCAGGCUGGAUGGGCAGCACCUGUAGCAAUGCAUGUCAUAAAGGCUACUAUGGGGAUGGAUGUACCAGUCAGUGUCACUGUCAGAACAAUGGGACAUGUCACCAUGUCAGUGGGAGAUGUGAGUGCCUGGCUGGAUUCACAGGGCCAUACUGUGAAGAAGUUUGUCCAUUUGGCCAUUAUGGUUUGCAAUGCCAAGAGGUUUGCCAUUGUGGAAAGCAGUGUUACUGCCAUCAUGUGACAGGAAGCUGCAAUGUUACCCAUGAACCUCGCCUGGCUGAACUUCUGUCAGAAGUUGGCCAAUGUAUGGAAUCGGUAAUAUACUCAUCCUGGUGGAAAGCUGUUCCGUCUGAUGCCAAAAUAAUUUAUCUCCAUGAGACUUCCUGGGCAAUAUUAAGCUGCACUUUUGGGGCACUGCUUGUGAUUAGUGCUGCAUUUAAUGUCAGGCAGAUGUGGUCUUGCAGAAAGAGACGACCAGACUGGAAAUAUUCAUACCAGCAGCUACAACCAAUGAAUGGGAAUGUGGAUGUCCCAGACAUGUAUGAGUCCUGCAACUUCUGUGAGCCAGAUGAUGAUGAUGUGGGAGUGACGCAUGUUGAAGCUGGAAGCUGAAUGUCAUUGUAAGCACAGAGAGGACUCCUCCCUUUCUGCUUGUGUGCACUGCACUAUGCAGCAACCAAGUGCCUUAAGCUCACUCUGGGACCAGGACUUAAAACUUGAAGACCAUGAAUACGUACAGUAUCAGGCCGCUGACGCUGAGCACAAGAAAACGCCUAUACUUAAACUUUCUGCUUAAUUUAUACAGUUUUAUUAUAUGGACUAUGCUACACGAACACUGGAUGUCUCCUGCUUGUUUUCUCUUUAUCCUCUGCACAAGUGCCAAAUAUGUUUGUGUUUUUUUCUCUUUGAUGGAGUACAUUGAGGAUACACGUACUCCCACUUAUUCUUCACAAACUGAAUAAUAAACUUUAGGGCUAUGAAAUAUAAAAAGAAAGAUCCAUAUUCAGCAACAACCAGCAGCAGGUAUGAUGUAGUAAAACGUGAACUUCAUAUCUGCACUUGGAUACAACUGUUCUGUGUUAGUACGGUUUAGUAAGACAGUGAUAUGUGCCAGAUGGGCAUUGUCUUUUAUGCAAACAGCGUCCUUUUUCUGGAUUGUUUUUUCCAAGAUGAAUCAUUAUUUCCUCCUGAUACCUCCAUAGGUCUAACAUGACUAGUGUUCCAGCCAGAGAGACAAAUGCACUUAUACAGCCACUGGCAAUCUUUCAUUAGAAGUUGAUUAUUUUGUCUGCAACAGGAGGUUAUAACUUUUGCACUAAUAAAAGUACAGUGUUCCGUCAUUAUGCAUCCUGUUAUUAAACACGGGCCAAGUGAAAUGAGAUGACAUUAUACCAAAGGUAGUGAUAUAGGUAGACAUUCGGCUGUAUGCCUAAAGCUUUGAUAAAUACCCCCCUUAAUACUUUUUCUCUUGGAAUCUUGCUAAUCAGUUAGUCUUUUAUCAGUAAUCUAGUGUUGAAUCUGAGCCAUGAUGUUAUAACAAAGGGCCUGAUUUUUAGUUGGGAAUAAUGUAGGAAUGAGCAAGUAACUGUGCACUUGGACACACCAUGUUGCACUGCAAGGGGUGCAAAUACAUACUUUUUGCAUGUGGGGUAAAUACCGGCUGCUUCUGCCUGUAGCACACAAAUGCUGAACAGAUUUAUUUUUAUACUGCAAUCUAGAAAUCCGUUUAGACGCAUCACUCUUAACUCUGAUGGCCCCAUACAUCGCUGGCCACAAUGCCUCGAUUCCAUGUGGCCAUCGAUGUUCGCCAGACCGUCGGGGGAGCAGGGAAAUUAACAAAAAUGCCAGAUUACCCCGACCACGACCAAAAUAUGCUUGGGAUUUUUAAAGCGUCUAAUAUUCCCGAACCGCCAACCCGGCCAUCGGGGGAUCUGGGCAUUGCCACAAUAUAUCCCAGAUGUAUGGGGGCCAUUAAUCUCUCUGCACAUUAUAAAUCUGACCCAUCUGCAGUGCAGCAUGGUUUUACCACAGUAUACUUUCUUAUAACCCUUUAAGAUUAAAAAGCCUGGUCGCACCCCCGGUUUUGUAAAUGGAUGUGACCCACUGAGCCUUACCUGGGUCCUUUUCAUGAAGAGAAAGAAGGAUUUGAGUAAGCCUACAACAACGGAAGAUCUGUGGUUAGUUCUCCAAGAUGUUUGGAAGAACCUUCCUGCCAAGUUCCUUCAAAAACUGUGUGCAAUUGUACCUAGAAAAAUUGAGGUUGUUUUGAAGGUAUACGGUGGUCACAGCAAAUAUUUAUUUGAUUUAGAUUUCUCCUCUGUUCAUUAACUUUGCAUAAUGUUAAUUGAUAAAAAUAUACUAUUAACACUUCUAUUUUUGAAUGCAUUCUUACUUUGCAGCAUUUUUCCACACCUGCCUAAAACUUUUGCACAGUACUGUAUGUACAAAGUAGAGCCAGCCAAUGGUGGAUAUCAUGAUGCAGGAUAAUAUGGUACAAGAACAUUUCCACCUAUUGAAUUACGUUUGUACAAAUAACAUGCAUGACGGUACUCUAUGGUGGCGUUAUAAUUGGGCUUGGUGUCACAGGUGCUUCUAGUAUAAUAUAGUUCAUACAACUCAUUUGAGCACUACCCAUAUUUGAUCCAAGUCGUAAAAAAUAUAAUCUGGGUAUUUCAUAGUCUAUAUCAUUUCAUAACUUGAACUUUUUAUAUAACAGAUAUUCCAUUACGAAUGUAGUCUCACUUAUUUCACAGCUCAAUUUUGUACUUUUAAGAGAAGCAGAAUUGUGGCAAAUACUCUCAUUACUCGAAAAUGCCAAAAGGAAAUCUGCAUUUUCAGCCUUUUGUAUGAGGAUUAGGCACCAAGAUCUGCUGAAAAUCCACGUGACAUUAACUGGUUGCGUCUUUUUGGUAAACCAUCUUAUUUUUAUGGAGAACUGAAGUUUUUGGGAACUUUUAUAAAUUGCCUGGUCCACACUGAAAGACACCCUGAACUGUAUUGUGUUAUCUAACUUUAAAACUGAGCCAAUAAAGAGAAUAU